UCAUGGGGCCCCCUGGCAAUAGGGGAUCAUGGGGCCCCUGUGUUCUUGCCCAAACUCAAAAAAACCUAUGAAAAAGGUACCAGGGGCAUCUCAUGGGGCCCCCUACUGACCCCGGGCCCUCAGGCAGUGCCCAAGUUUCCAAAUCGUCAGUCCACCCCUGUUGUUACCAAAAUGUAGUAAUUAGGAAUUACCCUCACUUUAUGUCUUGGUAACACAGAGACAAAGACAGCAAAAAAAAUUUAGCCAAUGAUCUAAGCCUUUCCCAUUCUAGCCAACAAAAAAAGUUGCCUCUCAUUCCAACGUU